AUGCAGUGUUUUUAUGCCGAGACGACUCGGACGCACACACACACACACCCCUACAAAAAAGUCCAUGGAACUAUUCGCUUUAGCUCUCAGCCUCUCCCCUUAAAACUCGCAACUAGCUCCCCUUACGGCAAAAGAAGCGCGAGGGUUAACAGUAAAACGCAUGAGACACUAUCGUUCAAUAGCGUGAUGCCUGACAGACCCUGCGGUGCCUGCCACCAUCCCCGGCCGCGCGACGGUGGACAGGCAUCCGUCAUCACCAGCCGCCGGGCCUUGGAAAUCUCGUCUGCAUCGUGCGUCAUCUGCCGCCUCCUGGCCAGAGGCACCGCGGCGUUUCGUGGAUCGCACGGAGGUGGCAGCGGCGGCGGCGAGGCUGCUGCUGUCGGGACGGUGACGGAGCCCGACGACGGGUGGCUCCGUAUCGACUUUAAUCGGGCCACUGUCCGUCCGAGUCUCGAAAUCCAUAUUUUCUCGUCCGGCACAACCCUCUCUUUAUUCAGUCCCAGCAAAACGGGCUGGCCGAACACACUCCUCCCAGACCUCCCACUGGCCCGGUGCCUCAUCCCCGCUAGCACCGCCUCGGCGGAAAGUUAUGCAUGGGCGCGGAACAAGCUGCUGCGUUGCCAAAGCUUGCAUAAAAGCUGCCGGAAAGUCCGCGAUGAUUUGCUCCGCGGCGGCGGUAGCAGCCGACCCCGACGCCUCCUCGAUAUUGGCAGGGAGCCGGUAGCUGGCGACACCAUCCAUCUGCACGAGGCUGACCGCGACUAUGACGACGCGCAGAUGCCGUAUGCGGCUCUCAGCCACUGCUGGGGCCGGAGCGCCUUUCUCCAGACUCGUCUGGCCAACGUCGCCCAGCACAGAUCCCCCGGCGGCAUCGCGCUGGCGUCGCUGCCCCGGACGUUCCGCGAGGCUGUCGACGCGACCCGCUGGCUCGGGCUGCGGUAUCUCUGGAUCGACAGCCUGUGCAUCGUGCAGGACGAUCCGCGCGACUGGGAGACCGAGUCGGCGCGCAUGGCCGCCGUCUACCAGGGCGCCUACCUCGUGCUGUGCGCGUCCCGCGCGGCCGGCGCCCACGAAGGGCUGUACUCGGACGCCGCGGGCUCGUCUCUAUACACGCUGCACGUGGAGACGGUUGAGAUUCCGGCGCAGCAGUCCAGAGAGGUAGAGGCUGUGGCGAAAGUAGCAUUCCGUCGUGCAUAUGCACACAUGCCCUCGCCCAUGCAGCGACAGCUCCAAGCCGCGCCCGCAUUUCCCACGCUGUCCCGCGGAUGGAUCUACCAGGAACGCCUCCUCGCGUCACGCGUGCUGCACUACGGCCCGCACGAGCUGCACUGGGAGUGCAUGGCCGAGUCCGUCUGCCAAUGCCGCGACGCAGAUGACACCGCACCGCUCACCGUCUCGACAAAGCCACACUUUAGCCGCGAGCACUGGCAGUCGCUCGUCCAUGACGAUCCGCACCAGCUGAGCGUCUCCUGGCACCGUCUCGUCGAAGCCUACACGGCGCUGCACCUCUCCUUUGACAAAGACGUUUUCCCCGCGCUGUCCGGCAUCGCCAAGACGUUUCAGAGCGUCACGCGGACCGCCUACCUUGCCGGUCUGUGGCAGAGUUCCCUCAUUCUCGAUCUUGCAUGGCACGCGCACACCUCCUCCGCCUCUCCAAGCACUUUCUUGGAACAUGAUGACAUGCCUCCACCGACAUAUCGCGCGCCAAGCUGGUCGUGGGCGGCAGUCAGGAGACCUGUCAAGUUCGUUGAGACGCAUCGCGGUGUGGAUCCAUUUUGCCGCGUCGUCAAGGCCGAGGUGCAGCGCGCCGGCAGCGACCAGACGGGCGAGCUCACGGCCGGGCACCUCAUCCUGGCCGGCUACGCACUCAGCACGCCGGCCAGCUUUCGGCCGCCGCCGGAGGGUUUGCCUGAAAAGUACAGCGCCUGGAAUCUGCUGCAGCUGGCUGUGCUGCAGACGCAUGUGGCCAACAUAUGGGCCGACUACGACUGCCACCUCCACGCCGACUUGCCGCCUACUGUGCUGUGCUUUUUGCUUGGCGAGUGCGUACCGUCUGGCGCUCUACUUAUGCUCAUUUUGAAGCCAACAUCUACCGAUGAUGCGGCGGAAAACUACGUAUAUGGACGCAUUGGUAUAGUUCAAGUUUCGAAGCCGCCAUCUAGUAAAAGCUCGCUUGAAUAUUGGCGACAGGUAUUUCAACCGGAGCAGCUCGUAGUCAAAAUUACAUAA